UUUUGUUUCUUUCACGACCUUAAGAGACCGAAGGAAGCGAGUGACGACGUCUCUGUCUCUGUCUCUGUCUCUGUCUCUAGGUCUCUUGGCUUUUCCUCCGUCACAGUCACCGUAGAACAUUGUGAAUGGCGCCUAGAGGAAGGAAAAAGGCUGGAAUGAUGCGAGAGGAUGCAGCACGAGAUGCCAUGAGAGCUUUUGGGUUUGCGGAGCGUCUUAUCAAUGUGUCUAUCAAGGAAUUGCUUGAGGUGUAUGGUGCGGAGGGGUGGUUUCUGAUCGAAGAGUGUAGUUACUUGGUGCUGUUAAACAAAUGCCUUGAGAAGUCAGCAGAACAAGGCCCAAAUUUGCCUGAAGAUAGGGUAGAAGAGAGGGCUGAGGAGGAGGAACAAAACGAUGAGAUGAUGGCUGAGGCAGAGAAAGACCAAAACGAUGAGAUGGUGGUGGUGGCUGAGGAGGCAGAACCAGAACAAAACCAUGAGAUGAUGGUUGAAGCUGUACAAGAACAAAACACUGAGAUGCCUGAGGCAGAGCAAGAACACACUCCUCAGCAAGAAGAAGAAGAAGAAGAAAAGGAGCAAGAAGAGCUGCGUGUUGAGGAUGGAAGAGACCAUGUCGGUAGCAACUCAACGUCUCUGGUGGGGUGUGUUGCCGAGACAGGUACAAAGGCUUGUCAGACUGAAGCUUUAUCAACCACUAGCGAGACAGACAUCUUGGACUCAUCCCCAGCAGCAGGAGAAGCAUCAGUGAUCAAUUACACAUCACCACCAGCAGCGUUUCCACCAGCAGGUUUUGCACAACAUCCUUCUGCAGGUGCCAAUCUUUCCGGACGGGGUGGAUGGAUAAGUGAUUCGGAUGAGGAUCCAGAUGAUGAUGGUGAUGAUGAUGAGAUGAUUCAGCUGACUCCAGAACCGCUCUGUGAAGAGCUUGAAGAGCUGAUCAAGGAGAUACGUGGAGAGAAGAAGAAGAAGAGGACCAGGUGGGAAGACUAAGCUGAGCUCAUGAGCUCCUGUAAGCAGCGUCAAAGUUAAGUAAGCUAAGAAGUAGAGUGAAAGAGAGUAAGUAGUAUUAGAACAAGUAAGGAGGAGUCGGGAGCAGCUCCUGUAAGUAUCGCGCUUAAGUUAAGCUAGCUAAGAAGUAGAGUGAGAGACUAAGUAGUAUUGGUUUAAAACUUGAUAUGGUGAUGUAUAUUUUGUUAUUUAAAUCAGUUGCAUAAUCA